UUCUGAUGUGCAAAUUGUUUUUACCAAUUCCCAAAAUCCCUGAAACAUAGCAAUGAUCCCCAAACGCCUCCUUAACCCUCCGCUUUCCCAAACUUCAUCUUCCACCACCGUUAAUGGCUUUCACGUUUCAGCUUCUGCUUCAAUCUCCCACACUCCUCACUCUCUAUCCGACGCCGUUUCCCUCUUCCAUCGCACCAUCAACGACCCCAAUGCGCUACCCUCUGAACCAGCAUGCAACUCUCUUAUCGGCAACCUACGCAAGGCCCGACAAUACGACGUCGUCCUGUCGGUUUACCGCAAGAUGGCUUCAGCGCGCGUUUCGCCCUGGUUGACUUCUCUCACCGCGUUAACCGAAAGCUUCGUCAACUCCCAUCACCCAAGUUUCGCUGUUGGAGUCCUUGGCCUAAUGAUAAAACGCGGUUUUCGGGUUGGAGUCUAUGACAUGAACCUAGUGUUGAAGGGUUUUUCCCAGAGUGGUCAAUGCGAUAAGGCAAUGGGUUUGUUUUCUCAAAUGAAGAAAAAUAGUGAUCAUGGGGUUCCUGAUAUUGUUACUUACAAUACCCUUGUAACUGGAUUGUGUAAAGCUAAAAGAUUGGUGGAAGCUAGGGCUUUGUUUGAGGCAAUGAAGGUUGGGGAGAACAGACCCAAUUUGGUGACAUAUAGUGUUUUGAUUGAUUGUCUUUGUAAGAAUGGUGAAGUUUGUGAGGGGUUGGUUUUGUUGGAGGAGAUGGAGAGGGAGGGUUUGAAAGCUGAUGUGUUUCUGUAUAGUUCUCUAAUCAGUGUCUUUUGUGGCAAGGGUGAUGUUGAGAAGGGGAUGGAACUGUUUGAUGAUAUGUUGAGGAAGAAUGUUAGUCCCAAUGUGGUUACAUAUAGUUGUUUGAUGCAUGGUCUUUGCAAGAUUGGUCGGUGGCGGGAGGCGUCUGACAUGUUGAAGGUCAUGACGGCAAGAGGAAUUCGGUCGGAUGAUGUUACUUACUCGGUUUUGGCAGAUGGGCUUUGCAAGAAUGGGAGGGUGGAGGAUGCAAUGAAGUUGUUGGAUUUGAUGGAGCAGAAGGGGGAGGAGCCAAGUACUGUUACAUACAAUGUUCUUGUGGAUGGAUUUUGUAAGGAGGAUCGGGUGGAGGAUGCAUUUAGGAUUGUGGAAAUGAUGGCGAAGAAGGGGAAGAAGCCUGAUGUGGUAACUUAUAAUACGUUGAUGAAAGGGCUGUGUAGAACUGACAAAGUUGAUGAGGCGAUAGAUCUUUGGAAGCUGUUGGUGAGCGACAAGUUCCAUAUGAAGCCGAAUGUCUUCACUUUCAAUUAUUUGAUUCAGGGACUUUGCAAGAAAGGACGUCUUCGGGAUGCUGUGAGGAUCCAUUCUACUAUGGUUGAAACGGGGUUCAUAGGUAACAUAGUAACUUAUAAUGUUUUGAUUGAGGGUUAUCUAAGUGUUCGGAAACUUAUUAAGGCGUUGGGACUCUGGAAAUGUGCAGUAGACUCUGGAUUUUCUCCCAAUUCAAUGACUUACAGAGUUUUUAUUAUUGGUCUGUGCAAAAUGCAGAUGCUGAGUAUUGCAAAAGGACUUUUUAUUAAAAUGAAAGAUUCUGGGAUUAAACCUACAGUAGUUGAAUAUAAUGCACUAAUGGCAUCUUUGUGCAGGGAAGAUAGUCUAGAGCAGGCUAGGAGUUUAUUUCAAGAAAUGAGAAAUGUGAAUCAUGAUGUUGAUGUUGUCUCCUUUAAUAUAGUAAUCGAUGGAACCCUUAAAGCGGGAGAUACUAAACAUGCCAAGGAAUUGCUAUCGGAGAUGCUUAACAUGAAUUUGAUCCCUGAUGCCUUAACCUUUUCUAUAUUAAUAAAUAGGUUCUCAAAACUUGGGCUGUUGGAUGAAGCCAUGUCCCUCUAUGAGAAAAUGAUCUCGUUUGGUCAUGUACCUGAUGUUGUUGUAUUUGAUUCUUUGCUAAAGGGCUGUGGUUUAAAGGGAGAGACAGAAAAAAUCAUUUCCUUGCUUCAUCAAAUGGCUGAUAAGGAUGUUGUUCUGGACUCGAAAUUAACAUCUACCAUCUUAGCAUGCCUUUAUCACAUGUCAAAAGAUCUUGAUGUAGAGAAGGUUCUUCCAAAAUUUUCACAACAUAGUGAACAUACAUCAAAAGGAACAACCAUUAAAUGCCACAAGUUCUUGAUGAAGCUGAAUGAUGUUCAUCCAGAACUAAAAUUAUUUGUUGCACGAUAGUGUGUGGUUUCAGGUGCAUGAUACCAUGGUACUCUAAUGGAUUGGCAACCUGACAGUUAUGGAGUUUCGAAGUCAUGUGCAUUUCAACCAGUUGUCAUUUUAUGAUAAAGAGAUGCAAGUGUAAAGUUCUGCAUCAUGGCAUACAAUGUCCCAUUUGAUACGGAUAUGUAACAGUCAUGAAUGAGAUUUGUAUAAUGUCUUCUUACAGAGAGAAGAGAAGCUGAGGUGAUGGUGAUGAAGGAGAAGGAUGAGGAGCUUUCUUUGUUCCUCAUAUGAGGAGGAGAGAGAAAGAGAAUGAGAAAAACAACCUUCUCCUUGAAAACUCUGAAGAACUUCAUUUGUCCAAUCUGGUAUAGACCGAACGAUUAACACCCAUGAUUGUUCGAUCUAUCCGCUACAUCAACAAUAUUGGACCAUAAUUGGGCCUGCGUUUGAGUUAUUGGGCCAAAUAUAGCAGGAUAGCGCUAAUGAUAUAAUCCGGCAUGUGAUAUCCGAUCAAAGAUAUUGAUAAGCCGUUUAUGAGUAACCAACCAAAUCUAAAGGUAAGUUUACUUUUAUUUUAUUGGAUUUGUGCUAGUUUAAGACCCAUGAGAUAACUUAUAAAUAUAAGGUCAAGGCCAAAAGCCAGGUACGUUCGAUCAGAACUCAAAUACUCAAUUGUGAUAAACAAUUCACUAAACCAAGCCUAACUUGAGUGUCGGAGUGCCUUUUGCAGGUACCUCCCCCGGUCAAGAGUAUAACAGAGCGGUGUGAAGAGUGUAACCGAGCGGUACAAGUGACCCAGACAUCGAAAGACAGGAAGUUUACGUUAGAAAGUAGCUUGCCAGAUAAAAGGAUGUAACCUCAGAAGGUGUUCGGACUCGAUCUUCACAAGUCCCACAUUGGCCAAAUCACAAACCAAACAAGUCUUUAUAAAUGUUCUGACAAGGACGACAGCUCGCCGAGUUGGGUAGCGUCAACUUGUGACUCAAGUGAGGGCAUUACGGUGGUGGGAUAAUACUGUGGCUUCUCUGGGUUGGGCCGUGCAUGGUAAAAUGCUGUCCUGCCCGUUCCAAGUUGAGAGCUGACUCAUGGGUCCGAGCGAAGGCUUGGGUCUCUAGAGUCCUAAAGUGGAGGACACAGCGUGAGGCUGGUUUCACAGAGCAGCAAAAACCUCCCUCUCCUGACAGUGGAGGGAUAACAGGCCGCUGCAAUCAUAGUCCAGUAUGCCCAGUUUACCUAGACCGCCAUCAUUUUUACAACCCUAAAUUCUCUUCUCAGGGUUGCUGUUAUAAGACCAUGGGAACCAGAGGAGUAAUUGGAGACAAGUGGUCCAUCACAACAAUUCUUUGAGCUUGUGCUAUUGGAAGUGCUGUCAACCUGUAUAGAAAGCAAAGCACAGAAAAGAGGAUGCUGGCUGAAGAACUAAGGGCAACUGAGUCAGGGGGGAGCAAUGGGGAAGACGGCUAAACUAUAUUUUGUGAUAACUAUGUAGUAUCAUCGAGCAUAUGCAAAGUUUCAGAUUUUCUGAAAGGUGUUUCUCCUUAUGGUUUUAAAGGAGCACUCGAUGUAAAUCCCAUAGCUUCGCAAGUUUUAAAGGAUCGCUAUUUGAAGACAACAGUUAAUCCAUUUGAUCAUUCCAAAUUUUCAGUGAUGCUUAAAGUUCAAUGCAAAUUUGAUAGCUCUAUCUGAAUAGUGUACCCCAUAUUCUAACUUUAAGCCGUCUAAAUCUCUAAGGGAAUAUAUAUCUUCCACAUCUCCACAAACCAAAUCUUGGCAGCCUCCUAAAAGACUUUUUCCUGGUCAAUUUUCUGUUGCCAGUGUUGAGAUUUCUAUUGUGGGAGCCAAUCCGCAUUACUACCCUUUGAAGCUAACUCACUUUCUCUGUCAGCUCCAGAACAACAAGUGGAUUCAACCUCUUGAUCAGGGUCCAAGGAUCUUGGAAAUCACGCUCAGAAUCACUAUCCCACAAAGAUAUUGGCUUGGUUAUUGGCGACCCACUGUAGAAGUCAAAAUGGGUUACCAAACUGGUGUAUGCUCCAUGUCAAAUAAUCCCCUCAUGGAUGUGCUUCCUUCUUUCAUCAACCCCAACAAACAGCGUGAUUUAUAGAGUGAGGAGAAGGAUGAUGAGGAUGCUAUUAAAGAUGACAAAGAAGAUGAUGCUGAUGACUUAUACAGAGGUUUUUGGUACAGUAUAAUACUCCCUAUCUUUUCCAUCUGUUUUUCUCUGUUGAUAAACCAAUGUGUAUCUUCAUCUAUCUACAAGGAUGCAUAUAUAAUGGACAAACGUGAUGCAUAUGUACCAAAGAUAUAUGUGAUGCAUAUAUACGUCCAAGAUAGUUAUUUUGAUUUUAUACAAUGGACAAAUCAUUUGAAAUUAAUUAUGAAGCCGGCCAAACUUGACA